AAGUAGAAACGAGUGAAGUAGCAGUGAACAGGAAGAGAGAAAAAACCUGUCUAGGAAAUGACAAUACAAAGGCAGAAGUGCAAGUGGUUGGUGUUAAACAAUGUCAUGACAGAGAGCGAUGAAGGUGUGCAAGAAUGACAGCAGACUUCAUUGAAUAGACAACAAAUGUACUCGUGAGAGUGAGGAUUCAAGUUAAUGAAAAUAAGCAGAUUGUUAUAAAGCAAGUGAAACUUAGGAUACUGACUACAGCUGGAAUAUGGGUGAGUCUAGUAUCUGCCAAGUGAGGGCAACGGUCAUGCUGUAUGAUGACAACAACAAGCGGUGGGUGCCAGCUGGAUCUGACAGUCCCUCCUUCAGCCGCGUCCAGAUCUAUCACAACCCUGUGGCCAACACCUUCAGAGUAGUGGGCCGCAAACUGCAGGCCGACCAGCAGGUGGUGAUCAACUGUCCUAUUAUCAAAGGUAUAAAAUAUAAUCAAGCUACACCAAGUUUCCACCAGUGGCGGGAUCCCAAACAGGUGUGGGGGCUGAACUUUGGUAAUAAGGAGGAUGCUGCCCUUUUUGCCAACUCAAUGAUGCAUGCAUUAGAGGUUCUCAGUGCACCAGCAGGCGCAGGCCCUCAGAAUGGACCCUCUGCACAUGAGCUGGAGCCCCAGAGAAGACUAGAGCGACAGAGGCAGGAACAGCAGGAGAAGGGGCAUCUGGAGAGAGAGAGACAGAGCUCCGCUGCUGCAACUGCCCCUGCUGUUCCGCCUGCCCCGCCGGCCGCUCCACCUACCCCACCUGCACCUCCACCACCUUCCUCGGGACCGUGCCCACCUGCUCCUCCACCACUUCCUCCCGGGGGUAUGGUCCCACCUGCACCACCCCCGCCCCCUGCUGGAGGAAGUGGAGGUGGCAGAGGUGAAGGUGGAGGUGGAGGUGGAAAUGAUCUGGCUGCAGCUCUGGCAGGAGCCAAACUGCGUAAAACAGUCAAGGGUGAGGGAGGAGCAGCAGCUCCAUCCCCCAAAUCAGCAUCUUCAUCUGGUGGAGGUGGAGGAGGGUGUCUAAUGGGAGAAAUGAGUGCCAUGCUUGCUAGGAGGAGGAAAGCUGCUGAUAAUCCUGCUGCAAAAAAUGUAGAACCUCACAAUGAGGAUUCUGACUCCUCAAUAUCAAAAUUCUCAGGACCAGGAGAAAUCAAUGGAAAACCCAAAGAAAAAUCUGCCACCAUUCCAAGACCCAAAUCCAUAACCAACAAUCAAAAGGACUCCAGCCCCAGCUCCUCCACUUCCACCUCCUCCUCUAACUCUGCCACUACACCAGUGUCCAGACUGAAGGUGGUGAAAAAGAACUCAGAUGGUGGAGGAAGUGAUAGUGAUAUGGAAAGAAUCAAACAGGAAAUUAUUGAAGAAGUGAAAAAAGAACUUCAAAAAGUGAAGGAGGAGAUUAUCACAGUACUGAUCCAGGAGCUGCAAAGUGCACAGCUAAAGGGUGAAGACUCUGAAAAACAAAGAAUGGAUGAAGAGAUUAAUGAAUAAAUGUGAAUGUUUUAUCAUGCAAUGCUCGGGCAAUUUACAUAUUUAAUGUGCUAUUUCUACAUAGUCAAAAUAUCAAUUCUAAUAUUGACAUUUAAGACACAAAUCUAAUAAAGAUAUAUGGGCCAUUAUUUUAUUUAUUUUUUACACAUUCCCAGACAUUUUUGAUGAGAAUGCAUUGUUCUCUAAAGAAUUAUGACUCCAUUUUGUACUUACCAAGACAUAUUGCAUUUGAAAAAUGAACUUCCAGUGCUCUCUGGUGGACAAAUGUAAUGGAGGCACUGUUUCUAAAUGACCUCAAACAUAUCUUGGGCAUUUCUGUAAAACCAUUUAUUUUCGCCUGUAAGAUUCUCAUGCUGUUGUGCUCAUUUAUGUGCUUACUGCAGAGAAAUAAUACUGCAAUAUUUUAGUAAUCUUCUACUUGUGGAGGAAGUACUUUGUAAAAGUACUCAUUUACAAGUCACAAAGUCUUCACCUGUGAUGUAUAACUUAUAACAAUGCAUUAUAAUGUAUUUGUUUAUCAUAUGUUUUGUGUUAAACUUGAAUCCAAGUUGCAGACGCUGGCAGACAGAGAGAGACAGAUACACUGUAAGCUGGGGCAGGGCUGGGCCCAGUGCUCCUGAUCUAAAUUAGAUGAGGGCCUGCAAACAGGCUCCUCUGAUGCAGCACAUACACACAAGCAGACUAAGCAAGGACCAUCAUAGAAUUUAUUACAAGCAUUUGUUUGACGCAUAUUUUCAAAGACUUUUUGAAAUAAUAAGAAAAAACAACGGCCAUGCUGCUAUGCUUUGUGUAAUAACAGUUAUGUUACACUUGAGGUUGUGUUUUCUAGUAAGAAAAUACUGCAAAUAAAACAACCUUUUGCAAAA